UUAAGCUGAUCAACUUGGGGUAAUUUAUUAUGCAGUAGUAGGUAGCUAAUACUGAUUUUGGUUCCUGGAAGUUGCAUGCAACCGUAACAAAAACUUGAGAUGUGGUGGUGGCUUUGGAGCUGGGCAGUGGAUAGAAGCUGUAAGAAUUUUAAGAGUAUUAAUGAAAGCCUAACGUGCCUUGAAUAAAUUGGUAGUAGAAUUUUAGACUUUGAGGAGGCUGCCAGUGAGAUCUUAAAGGAAAGUGAGGAAAAUCUUAUUGGAACCCAGUGAUUUUUGUUAUAAGGUGGCAGAAAGUUUAACAACGUGUCAAUCUGCAAUAAACUGAAAGAUAAAAAAUAUAUUUAUGAACUAAACGAUCUGCCAAAAUGUUGAAAGUACUGCUGGGUUUCUUCUUGUGCUGCCUUUAGUCAGAUACGAGAAAAGAGAAGCUAAAGAAAGGACUGUUAAAUAAAAAAGAGCCAAGACUUGCUAGUUUUGAAAAUUAGCCUCUCCAGAUGACAAACAACACUAAAACUAAGAAAUAUUUCCAAGCAAAGAUCAAACUCAAGGCACUCUCAAGAAAGCAGUUCUAAAGUUGAAGCCAAGGUUGUGACUGUAAAAUUUCUUUGUUAAGACCUCAGAAAAGUUGAAGGUGGUGCCUCACAAUACUCUUCAGAAAAAAGGGCCCUUUAAAGGAUUUCAGGGUGUACUUUAUACCGUCUUUCAAUAUGUGGCUUCUAGGAACAGUAGGGCUUCUAAGAAGCUUUAGGGCAAUGUCCCUGAGCCUUCUCAGUAUAAACCCAAGGUAGAAAGGACUUAGCUAGAGGACAUUUGUGGUUGUGACUUUUGCCUACUAGGCUGAACUCCAGUGGGAUCCACUGGAGACGCAGUGUUUUCAAGACCCACUGCCAUCUUGGACUGCAGAGACAGUAUAAAAUUAAAGAAGCCUUUGCCCUUGCAGACUGCUACAAGCAGGAAUCAGACUAAGAAUUUACUCAACUGUAAACAUGUGCUAACUUACAUGAAAAAAAGGAUGACUCAGAAAACAGAAGCAAAUGUUAUGAAGAGUCAUUUUCAUGUCAAGGCAAAAGUGAGCCCUAACCAAGGAACUUUCAGUAUUUCUCUUUUAUUUCACAGGCCUGUAGAUCAAGAGGAACUAUACCCGAGAUGCUUAAGGAACUAUGCCCAAGGAUCCUCAUCUGUACCUUAGUCAGAUAUAAAUGACAAGUUUCUGAACUUUGAGUUGAUGCUGUAAUAGGAUGAGACUAGUGGGGGCCUUUGUGGGGGGUGGAGUGUAUUUUGCAUGUUGGUGGGAGGGUCUGUGACUUAUUGGGUACCAGAGGUUUUACUGUGGUAGACAACCUCACAGAUGCUCCCAAGUUAUCACCACCUCCUGUUAUUCACACUCUUAUGUAAUCUACAUCAUACCGGAGUCGGUCUGUGUGACCAGUAAAAUAUGGCAGAAGUGAUAGUAUGUUGUUUCUGAGUUUGUAAAAGAUACUGGAGUGCUCUCUGGCUCUCUCUUGGAUCAGUCACUCUGAGUGAAGCCAUAUGCCAUGCAGGCAGCCUAUGGAAAGACUCACAUGAUGAGGAACUAAAAGUCUCUGCCAACAGCUGGAGAGGAACGGAGGCCUGCCAACAACACACGAAUGAACUUGGAAGCAGAUUUGAACAACAUGAUUAACCACCAUGACCUAAUUGACAUGCGUUGCACUUAGUCAAUGCAGAAUACAAAAAUUUUGUAACUGGAAGUUUUACCAAAAUUAACCACAUGCUGGGCCAUCAAGCAAAUUCCAAUAUAUUUCUAAUGAUAGAAAUUAUUCAGUGUAUUUUCUGUCCUCGGGAAUUUACAAGUCUGUAACAGAAAGACAACUAGAUGGUCUCUCAGCUACCUAGAAAUGGAACAAUAUACUUCUAAGUAAUCCUUAGGUCAAAGAAGAUAUAAAAAGUAAAAUUAGACAUUUUGAACUGAGUGAUAAUGAUGCAUCAUAAAAGAAUGACUAAAGUCAUUCUUAGAAGGAACUUUAUAGCUUAAAUGUAAAUACUGGAAAAAGAAGAAAGACUGUUCUCAAGAAGAGAAGAAAAGGAAAUUAAGCCUAAUCAAGAAAUAAUAGGGCUUCCCUGGUGGCGCAGUGGUUGAGAGUCGGCCUGCCGAUGCAGGGGACACGGGUUCAUGCCCUGGUCCGGGAGGAUCCCACAUGCCGUGGAGCGGCUGGGCCCGUGAGCCAUGGCCGCUGAGCCUGCACGUCCGGAGCCUGUGCUCUGCAACGGGAGAGGCCACAGCAGUGAGAUGCCCGCAUACCACACACACACACAAAAAGAAUAAUAUGAAGUAGACAUUAAUAAAAUAGAAAAAAAUUUUUUACAUUAAAUGAAGAAAGUUGGCUCAUCAUAAAGAACGUUCGAAUUAGAUCAGUAAAAUAAAGAUGAGUCCUGGCAAGAUUGAUCAGGAAUAAAAGGAAAGUAGGCCCAAAUCACCUAUAUUAGGAAUGAAAAAGGGGACAUCAUAGCAGAGUCUAAAGACUUUUUUAAAAGAUUAAUUUUGAAUAAUUUUAUGUAAUUUAAAAAUUUAGGUGAAGUGGACAGAUUUCUAGAAAAAUACAACAGUGUUGAAAUAAAUAGAAAAUCUCAAUUGCCCUAUCUGAAUAAAGAAAUUAAAUCAUUAAAUAAAAAUCUUUUCACAAAGAAAACUGUAGCUCCAGAAGGCAUCACCAGUAAAUAUUCAACCAAAUAUUUAGUAACACAAUACCAAAUAAUUUAUACAAUAUUAGCAAGCCAAACCCAGCAGUAUGCAAAAAAGGAGUUAAAAAAUGGCCAGGCUGGAUUUUUUCAAAUGCAAUUAUGGUUUUACUUUGAAAAUCACUUAUUAUGAUUUUUGUAUUAUCUGAGUAAAGUAGAAAAACCAUCUCAGUAGAUGCAGAAAAAGCAUUUGAUAAAACUCAAUAUCUAUGUAUGACUUUUUUAAGAAAAGCUAGAAAUAGAAACCGAUUUCAGACAUACUUAUUGGUAAAAUAUUCAAAGCUCUUCCUCUCCGAUCAGGGACAAGACAAGGAUAACUAUAUUAGAGGUCUUAGCCAGUGUGGUAAUGCAGGGAAAAUAACUCAAAGAAUAAGGAUUGAAAAUAAAUAAAAUUGUAAUGUUCUAGAAGACAUGAUUUUAUAUGUUGACAAUUCCAAAAGUUGUACUAACAAACCAUUAAAAUCAAUAAUUAAGUUUCACAAGGUGGUUGGAUUUAAGGUAAAUAUAGAAAAACCAGUUAUUUAUCAGCAACAAAUAACGUUGAAUUUUAAAAUAAUGUUUACAACAGAUCAAAGUACAUAGAAAUAAACCUUACAAAAUUACUUCUCUACAAUGAAAAUUAUGAAACAUUACUGAGCAAAAUUAAAGAAGACCUAAUGAGUUGAUGGUUAGGGGGUCACCAAACUUUUUCUGUAAAAAGCCAGAUAGCAAAUAUUUUCAGCUUUGUGGGCCAAAAUGGUCACUGUGGAACUACUCAUCUCUGCUGUUUUGGGUGCAAAAACAGCCAUAGGUGACACAUAAAUGAAUGGGAAUAACUGUGUUCCAGUAAAAUGUUAUUUACAAAAAUAGAUGAUGAGCGAGAUUUAGCCUGUGGAUCAUAGUUAGCCCACUCCUGGUCUAGGUGCUGGUUAAUUAAUGUCUACCAACAUCAUAAAAAGAGGGGCAACUAGAUAUUAUUUGCAUCUUGUUUAGAAUAUAUCUCACAAUCCCUAUGAACUAGUCUUACUAAAAAUUGCAAGAAUAAAAAGAUUGAUGGUGAACUUUUCAGUUAAAAGACACUUGAAAAAAAAAGACACUUGAGACUUAUCAGUCAUUUGCAGUGUAUGGGUUUUAUUUGGAUCUAUAUUAAAAAUGAUUUUAAUUAAUUUAAUUUUAAUGUAAUGAAUAUUCGAUAUUAAGGGAUUAGUUUUAAUAUUUUAGGUGUGAUAAUUAUUUUAUGGUUAUGUUUGUGUCCUUGUUUCUGAAGAAAUAUAUCUUGAAAUAUUUGUAUAAAAUAUCACAAGUAGGAUUUGUUUGUUAUACGUUAACACCUGUGAUUUCAUAGUUGUGUUAUAUUUUCUCUACUAGUCUCUCUGUCUUUACCACUGGGUGUUCUCACCCUGAUUCCAGGGACUGGGUCUAAUUCACCUGUGUAUUUCUAGCGCUAAGCAUAGAUGCUCAGUAAGUGCUGCCAAAGUGAAUGUAGCUAACUCCUCAGAAAUAGUAAAUGUGUCUUUUAGGCCCAGUGUUAUCAAAUUGUUUUAAAGUGCUAGAUUUCUUUAGAAAUUACUUUCUGUUUCCAAGGGGGGAGCAGUCAUAUGCCAAUAUAAAGAGUAGACUACGUUAGCUUUAUCAGGUAUAUUUCAUAGCUUUAGUCAAAAUGCUCUCUAAUAUUCACAGCAAAAUGAACAAAUGGAAAUUAUAUUUAUUUUAAUUUAGCAUAAACAUAUUUCCCUAACUAACUUAGUAAAAAAACUUGACCUUCAUUGUGGCCAUGAAUUAAUAGAAUCCAAGCACAGAUUUCAACAACAUUAUAUUCACUUAGGAAAAAAGCACUUUAGCUGUCACCUCUAAUUCUGAAACAUAACUGUUAUUUCUGAAUAUUCACCUUCCUGUCUUAUUUCAAAUGUAUAUCUUAAUAGUUAUAAUAACUAGGUAAAACUUUGUAUCCUGUUUUUUCUAAGCCUGUUUCUUCCUGUUACAGUCUUAAUAGCCAUCAUUUUAAAUGAUUAUUUUCAACACAAACAUUUUUAAUGAAGGUAGGAUACUUUAUAUAAACAAAUAUAAAGGAGUUGCUAUAUAUGAACAAGUAAUAUACAUAUGAUUAUGACACAUACAUAAAUAUGCUAAUUAUUUUUCUCUGCUGUGAUGCUGUUGUAUUCAAGCUUUAAUCAUUCAUACAGUCUGGUUCUUUCAAAUAAAAAUUGUUUGAGAACAAACUCAUAUCCUCCUUAAAAGAACUGCUUUUUAAUACACUACUUUUGGAAACAGUAAAAUAUCUUAUAAAUACAGUAGUAGUAUUCUGAGUAAUGUUAAUGAGGGUUUUAGCAAUGUAAGAUACUGUUGGAGAAAAGAAGAAAAAUGAGAAAUAUUCUGAAUCCCAAUAAAGAAUGGGUUUUGAAAUAAUCUUGAUUUUUUUUAAAUUUUAUUGGCGUAUAGUUGAUUUACAGUGUUGUGUUAGUUUCGGGUGUACAUUAAAGUGAUUCAGUUAUACCUAUACAUAUAUCCAUUCUUUUUUAGAUUCUUUUAUCGUAUAGGUUAUCACAGAAUACUGAGUAGAGUGCCCUUGUUUUAGGUCCUUGUUGGUUAUCUGUCUUACAUACAAUAGUGAAAUAGUGAACUGAUGUUUUGUUUUCAUUGUUGACAGUGAGUUUCUGACAGUUAAAUCACCAGAUUCUUUCCAGGAAAAUAUCUAUUAGUUUUAUGAAGAUUCUCAUUUUUUAAAAAACUAUGCUUACUUAGAAAAUAUAUACCUCAAUAUAAAUCAUAAUGAGGGAUUUUCUUAUUUUUUGUUAUUUUAUCCUGUUUCUUUAUCCCAUUACCUGCUGUAUUGUUAGUCAUUCCCCCCCGCACCCGCCUCCCAGCCAAUAAAAUGAGACCUGUAGGUACCUCAGUUUUGGCAACCUACCGAUGAUUAGUAACUAACUUGAUAUAUUAUUUUAGGAUUCUUACUCACAUAUUGACUCCCAGAGCAGAAAUUUCUGAUUAAUAAGAAUAUUUGAUUCCUAGCUUUACAGCUUCAAGUAAUCUUAGAAAUGAUGUAAUAUCCUUUGCUUCCUUCGUAACUUCAAAUAAGCAUAAAGCAAAAUCCUUCAAAUAAAGUAUAAAACAAAUUUAAUUAGUUCAGGGUUAAACAGUUGUAUAUUAGUUUGUAAAAUGGGUUAAGUUAACAUGGGAAGUGCAUGCUGUUGGUUGUUUUAGAAAUGUGAAUAACAAGUAUAAUUAGGAGAAUAUAUGUGACAAAGUAUCAUAAAAAUUAGCAUUGGAUUGGAUAUUUUAAAUACUAGACAAACUACAUUUGAACUUUUUGAACUAAAACAAUUCCCUGCAAGUGAAAGACAAAUUUAUGAGUCCCUUAUUGAAUUGAUGCAAAGCGUGUGAGUACAACAGUCAUUUGGAGCCUCCCUUUUGCCAUAUUUGUCUAAUGUAUCACAUAUCAGGCCGAUUACUAUUUUCAGAAACAGUGUUCAUGGCUGAAAUCCUACAGUUAACCUUUAGAAGAUCAAAAGGAAAUAUACUUAUUAAUAAGGUGGUUGAACAGGGUAUGUUUGUAAAGCACUGCAAAGUAGAAGUAUAUCUCACAGAAUUGAAGCUCUGUGAAAACGGAAACAUGAACAAUGUUGUAACUCGAAGAUUUAGCAAAGCUGACACAAUAGAUACAAUUGAAAAGGAAAUAAGAAAAAUCUUCAAUAUUCCAGAUGAAAAGGAGACCAGAUUGUGGAACAAAUACAUGAGUAAUACAUUUGAACCACUGAAUAAACCAGACAGCACCAUUCAGGAUGCUGGUUUAUACCAAGGACAGGUGUUAGUGAUAGAACAGAAGAAUGAAGACGGAACAUGGCCAAGGGGUCCUUCUACUCCUAAGUCCCCAGGUGCAUCCAAUUUUUCAACUUUACCAAAGAUCUCUCCUUCAUCUCUAUCAAAUAAUUAUAACAACAUCAACAACAGAAAUGUGAAAAACUCAAAUUAUUGUCUCCCAUCAUAUACUGCUUAUAAGAACUAUGAUUAUUCAGAACCUGGAAGAAACAAUGAACAGCCCGGCCUCUGUGGCCUAAGUAACUUGGGAAAUACGUGUUUCAUGAACUCAGCUAUUCAGUGUUUGAGCAAUACACCUCCACUUACUGAAUAUUUCCUGAAUGAUAAGUAUCAAGAAGAACUGAAUUUUGACAAUCCCUUAGGAAUGAGAGGUGAAAUAGCUAAAUCUUAUGCUGAAUUGAUCAAGCAAAUGUGGUCUGGAAAAUUUAGCUACGUCACACCAAGAGCCUUUAAGACACAGGUAGGACGUUUUGCACCUCAGUUCUCUGGAUACCAGCAACAAGACUGUCAAGAACUAUUAGCUUUCCUAUUAGAUGGACUACAUGAGGAUUUGAAUAGAAUUAGGAAAAAACCAUAUAUACAGUUAAAAGAUGCUGAUGGAAGACCAGAUAAGGUAGUUGCUGAAGAAGCCUGGGAAAACCAUUUAAAAAGAAAUGAUUCUAUCAUAGUAGAUAUAUUUCAUGGCCUUUUUAAAUCAACUUUAGUUUGUCCUGAAUGUGCUAAGAUUUCAGUAACAUUUGAUCCUUUUUGUUACUUGACACUUCCAUUGCCCAUGAAAAAGGAACGUACCUUGGAAGUUUAUUUAGUUAGAAUGGAUCCACUUACGAAACCUAUGCAGUACAAAGUGGUUGUCCCCAAAAUUGGAAACAUACUUGAUCUUUGUACAGCGUUGUCUGCUUUGUCAGGAGUACCUGCAGAUAAGAUGAUAGUUACUGAUAUAUACAAUCAUAGAUUUCACAGAAUAUUUGCAAUGGAUGAAAACCUUAGUAGUAUUAUGGAACGGGAUGAUAUUUAUGUGUUUGAGAUUAACAUCAAUAGAACAGAAGAUACAGAGCAUGUGAUUAUUCCUGUUUGCCUGAGAGAAAAAUUUAGACACUCAAGUUACACCCACCAUACUGGUUCUUCACUUUUUGGUCAGCCUUUUCUUAUGGCUGUACCACGAAACAACACUGAAGAUAAACUCUAUAAUCUUCUGCUUGUGAGAAUGUGCCGAUAUGUCAAAAUAUCUACUGACUCUGAAGAAACCGAAGGAUCCCUACACUGCUGUAAGGACCAAAAUAUUAAUGGGAAUGGCCCAAAUGGCAUACAUGAAGAAGGCUCACCAAGUGAAAUGGAAACAGAUGAGCCAGAUGAUGAAUCCAGCCAGGAUCAAGAACUUCCCUCUGAGAAUGAAAACAGUCAGUCUGAAGAUUCAGUUGGAGGAGAUAAUGAUUCUGAAAAUGGAUUAUGUACUGAGGAAACUUGCAAAGGUCAACUCAUGGGACACAAAAAACGAUUGUUUACAUUCCAGUUCAACAACUUAGGCAAUACUGAUAUCAACUACAUCAAAGAUGAUACCAGGCAUAUAAGAUUUGAUGAUAGGCAGCUUAGGCUAGAUGAAAGAUCUUUUCUUGCUUUGGAUUGGGAUCCUGAUUUGAAAAAAAGAUAUUUUGAUGAAAAUGCUGCUGAGGAUUUUGAAAAACAUGAAAGUGUGGAAUACAAACCUCCUAAAAAACCCUUUGUGAAAUUAAAAGAUUGCAUUGAGCUUUUUACAACAAAAGAAAAGCUGGGUGCUGAAGAUCCCUGGUAUUGUCCAAAUUGUAAAGAACAUCAGCAAGCCACAAAGAAAUUAGAUUUAUGGUCCCUGCCUCCAGUACUUGUGGUACAUCUCAAGCGAUUUUCUUACAGUCGAUACAUGAGAGACAAGUUGGAUACCUUAGUUGAUUUUCCUAUCAAUGAUUUGGAUAUGUCGGAAUUCCUAAUUAACCCAAAUGCAGGUCCUUGCCGCUAUAAUUUGAUUGCUGUUUCCAACCACUAUGGAGGGAUGGGAGGAGGACACUAUACUGCUUUCGCAAAAAAUAAAGAUGAUGGAAAAUGGUACUACUUUGAUGACAGUAGUGUCUCAACUGCAUCUGAAGACCAGAUUGUGUCCAAAGCAGCAUAUGUACUCUUCUACCAGAGGCAAGACACUUUCAGUGGAACUGGCUUUUUUCCUCUUGACCGAGAAACUAAAGGUGCUUCAGCUGCCACAGGCAUCCCAUUAGAAAGUGAUGAAGAUAGCAAUGAUAAUGACAAUGAUAUAGAAAACGAAAACUGUAUGCACACUAACUAAUGAAAGUCCUAGAAGCCAUAAAAGAGAGACUUUCCUGCUGGUGGUAUCAAAAUGAUGAAGUUACCCACCACAUUAAACAAAAGUCUGAGAUGGGGAGUUUCAGAUAACUGAAUGUAAAUCCUUUAUCAGAUUUUAACUUGUGCAGUACUUGAAGUGAAACACAAUGAAAACUUUAACAGAAAUUGUCUCUUAAUACAUUUACAGUCUUGUAUUUACAAGCUAAAUAUAUAUAGGAAAUCACAAAUAAAUCCCUUUUAAGUUUGCUGCUGUUUUGAUGAAUUAUGUUUUCUUUAAUUUUUUGGAUGUGAGUUAAUUGAUGACAAACGUUAAAUUUGUGGAUGUUGGUCAUUUAUUUUGCUCAAAUAAUACUGCAAGAAAACUGGCUGAACUUAGUUUUUGGAUAAUUAAUUCAUGUGCAUUAAGCUGCCACAUAUACUCCUAUGAUAUUUAGCUGCGGUAUCCAUGUGGCAUAAAUACUGCAGUAGUAUUCUUGGAAAACCAAAUUUUCAAAUCUUUACCUGGUAGUCAAUGUGGGCCUGUUAUAAAACCAAAUCAUGAUACAAGAAAUAAUCUUGAAAAAGUUAUUUCCUUUUGUAGUAUCAUAAAAAAUCCAGAAUGUUAUGUUCAUCUUAUUACUACUGUGGAAACAGGUUCUAGAUUUCACACUUCAUCGAAAGUCACUUUUCAGUUAAAUGUAAGUAUUUUUUACUGCUAUUGGGAUCUAUCCCUAGAUAUUCAAAUUCUUUUUGACUUGCUUUAAAAUGCAUAUCUUUAAUCUGGUGUUGGUCCAAAAUUAAAAUUUUGGCUGUCUGUUUUUCUCUACCCCAUUUUUUGGUAAUUUGGCAACUUUCAGCUCUCCCAAGUAUUGUAAUAUAAGGACAAACUUAAUAGUAUUCUGUAUCCAUAGUAAUAAUUACAUCAAGCUUAGAUGAGAAUUUUUUUUCAUAUACUGGCCUUUAAAUCACUAAUGGACAAUUGGCUUUACAGGUAGGUCUGUUAACUUUCUUUGUGUGUUCCUGAUGGAAUUCACCAUAGCCUUACAGCUUUUCUCAGAAGGUAACUUGUUACAAGAGAAUUGGCAUUUGCAUGUUCCAGAGUCAGAACCUGUACAGUAUAUAAAGUAUACAAACCUUGAAUUUUAUUUUAGUUCACCACAUUCAAGGAUCCAGGAUGCCAAAAAUAUGUGUGAACAUUUGAAACAUUUUUCAUUUGCUGCUUUUUCCCUUUGAUCUAGUUGAAAGAAUGUAUUGUCAGUUGGCAUACAAUACUGCCUUUAAUAGAAAAUAAAUGCUGGGGCACAUUUCACAUAUCGACUACCUGAGAAAUUGCUUUGUGUCCCACUGUUAUUAAAGCAAAAAGUAUAAUGUUCUUCACUUGAACUAAUCAAAUACAAUAGAUUAUAAAUUGUGUAUUGUAAAUAAAAGUUCACUCUGUGAGUGCACAUUUUGGUAAAUUAUUUAUUUAUGUUAGCAUUUAAAAGUGAAAGAGAAAUGCAUUUGACCAGGAUAAAUGAGGUAUGUUGAUCAUGGCUUUGCUUUAUACCGUGAUAUUAAAGCUGGUUUUUCAUCCUGGUAUUUUUAAAGCUGCUUUGGGUUUUUCCUUUUUUCUCUUCUUUUCUUUUCUUUUCUUUUUUUCUUUCUUUUUUUUUUUUUUUUAAUGUAAACUAACCUCCUGCAUGACAGAGGUUAAAAUUUUGUCUGCACUUGAGUUCACUUGCGUUUACAUUUGAAAUGUGCAUGUUUAUUUAUACAGAUUUCAAUAAAGCUAUUCAAGGCCUUA